AUGGCUCCUUUCGAGGCKUUKUAUGGACGKAARUGUCGUACACCUCUCUGUUGGAGGGAAACUGGAGAGAAAGUGUUACCAGGGCCCGAACUUGUGCAAAUUACGAAUGAUAAGAUUCAAGUGAUUAGAGAAAGAAAGAAGGCGGCCCAGGAUAGGCAAAAGUCUUAUGCGGAUCGUCGUAGAAGGCCAAUCGAGUUCUCGGUCGGUGAUCUAGUAAUGUUGAAGGUUUCUCCAUGGCACGAUAUACACCGAUUUAGAAAGCAGGGUAAACUUAGCCCUCGUUUCAUUGGGCCAUUCAAGAUAUUGGAGCGUGUAGGAAAACAAGCGUAUCAACUUGAGUUGCCAGAAGAACUCUCAUAUAUCCAUGACGUUUUUCAUGUCGGUUAUCUAAGGAAAUGUCUCGCUAAAAACGAAGAGGUGGUGCCAAUAACAGAAGUCAAAGUAGACGGGAAACUUAGAUACGUUGAAGAACCCGAAACUAUCUUAAAUGAACGAACGGUAAAUCUGCGCAAUAAGGUUGUGGAAUUGGUAUUGGUUAAGUGGAAGCAUCACCAUGGACCAAAUUGGACUUGGGAGAAUAAASAAGAAAUGAUGGCCAAAUACCCAACCCUGUUCCAACAACGAUGA